GUCUAUCUAUAAUCUAUAAGUACACGUCCAUUGUGAGACGCUGUUUAUGGACAUACCUCGAUACUCUGGUGUUACACAAACAUUAAAUACAUGGUGCCAAGUUAGAGGUGGCAAAGGAGACUGCUGUAGAUUAAGCGUAAUAGCCAAUUGAACUUCUUUAAAUCACAAAGUCUUGUUUGUGUUACCUAGAUCAGGAACCAGGAGUGCGUGACCUUCUUCGAAUGCACAACCCUAUACUGCUAUUGUUGAAGAUUGGACUUUUUGUGUUAAAUGGCGUUGACUGCAGUAUCACACAGAAUGUCACACUAGAAAAAGGCUCGGCUUUUAUAAUACCUUGCUUUACGGAUUAUCCUGAAUGGUUUGUCACAGUCAGCGGUGUGAAGCUACGGGUCUCAUAUUGUGACAUCUUCACUUGUUACAACACAUUCCCCUCUGAAUUCUUCGCCAAACACCAAAAAAAUAGGCCCAUUUUUUCCCCAUUCAAUUUUUAUUGGCCUUAUCUGCGAGUGAUGAAUGCAAACAAGACAUUGACUCAAAUACAGUGCUAUGGUGACACCUGGCUUAUCAAUGUGACUGAUAGCGUACAAGAACAAAUUUCAUUAAAAGCCAACUGGAUGAGACAGUAUUAUGACGUACAGUACAAAAGGGACGUAACUUUUGUUUGUGAGAAAUGGACCGGUUACGGGAGUGAACUCUCUUUAGUCAGGGAAAGUCCAUACCGUGUUCUAGCUUCAAGUUCAGAUUCGGCUUUAAUUACAUAUACAAUGUACAAUGUUUCAGUCUAUCCGCCCUAUUUUACUGUUGAGUGUACCAUAGACAAUUACACAACCAAAAUACUUAUUGAAGUAGAACAGAAUGAGAACCCUGUGACUGUGCCAACCACAUUGAAGUGGACCUCAGAUGACCCAAAAGAUUCUACCUCCACAACUUCAGCUGGAAUAUAUGUCAUUGUGUCUGUGUUUAGUUACACCGUAUUAGUUGCUGUUGUGAUAAUAUGCAUUAAGCGUCGCCGACGGCGUCGGGCGGAAAGAAACAUAACGGAAAUAUUAAUGAUGUUUCAUGACUCUGUAGAGCAGGUGGACAGCGUCUCAGCUGGGCAAUACCGCAGCUUGACAGCAACGCAGCUGGACAGCACCACAGCUGGACAACACCUUAGCUUGGCAACACCGCAGCUGGACAACAACACAGUGCCCGAGCCACCUGUCUAUGAAGAAUGUGUCCACAUUUUCACCAUUGCCCGGGUAGGACUGGACACUGCAGCAGCACCGCCGCCCCCAGCGUACGGUUCUCUACCUCCAUCUUAUGAAGAUUCAGUAGCUCCUUUCCAAGGUGUCUCUUAGUUAAAUAUUGAGCAUCAAUAACAGACAAGUCCUGCUGGAAGUCUACAUAUUGAGAUACAUUUUCAUAUAUUAUCCAGUAUACUUAAAUAGAAAAAAUGUUAUCGAUUAAAGCAGUGGUAUUCAACCUUUUUUGGCCUACCGCCCCUUUUUCGUAUUUUUUCUUUCAAAAGAUCCGCCAGCGGCCCCCCUGUAAGAAAAAUAUUUAUAAAGAAGUGAGAAAAGGCAAAUUUGAAAAAAAACAAAA